AAGGGGACUCCGCUUUUCCCGUUUUCGGAAAAUUCAGAUUAGUUUAGUGUGCGCGACAGUGCCAGUACUGAGUCGACGGCCUUAAGGAAUUCUCUUGUUCUCGCCCCAUGUUGAAGCUAUCGAAGCUGCUUUCUCACUCUAGGAAUCAAUUGUCCCAGAAAAGGUUAUUUGUGGAAGCUGUGAAUCAUCAGUGGUUGCGUGGUAUGAGUACCAAGGCUAGCCUGUCAACUGCUGGACAAAAUUUUUUGCCUGACGGGAGAUCUGCAGCUAAAAUAUUUGCACCCUAUUCAAUUUACAAGGGGAAAGCUGCACUUUCUGCCUCCCCUAUUCUUCCAACAUUUAGUAAAUUGGAAUCUGGAGGUAUCAGAGUUGAUCGCCGCGGUGUCAUAUUCUUGACUUUCUGGCCUGCUAUUGGUGAGCGCAAGUAUGAUUGGGAUAAGAAACAGACUUUUGCUUUGUCGGCCACGGAGGUUGGAUCCCUAAUUAGUUUGGGUCCAAAAGAUUCCUGUGAAUUCUUCCACGACCCAUCAAUGCUGUCAAGCAAUGCAGGACAAGUUAGAAAGAGCUUAUCAAUUAAGGCACAUGACAAUGCUGGAGGCUACUUCAUUUCUCUGAAUGUUGUCAACAAUAUCCUCAAAACUAAUGAUCGGUUUGUUGUCCCUGUUACUACUGCUGAAUUUGCAGUCAUGCGAACAGCUUUCAACUUUGCAUUGCCUCACAUCAUGGGUUGGGACCGGUAUACUAAUCAGCCUCCCAAAAGCAUAGAUGAGAAUCCACCGAGGCUUGCUUCGGAAUUUAUGGCGACUGAGUGGAAUAGAUGAAGUUCUGUAUGUGUCUUCCUCGCGAUAACCAUGCUGUUUCUUCAACUAAUUAACGACCUUGCUGUUCUGGCGGCAAAAAGGGCAAUAGUCUUUUAGUUUAUGUGAUUAUCCUUGAUUUUGAAAAUGCUCAAAAAACUUUUGUCCAAAAUGCUUGAUGUAUCCUUGAAUGGGGGAUGAUUCCUAUGGUGGUGGUCUCUCAAGUAUGUUGUGGGUUUUGGUUACACAAUGCAUGCUUGAAGGCUGUUUUCUUC